UUCAAUUCUGUCAGUUCAUGGUUGGGGCACGAGUGGAGAACAGUCUAGAGAACUCCUGUGUUCUAUCUUGGAUACUUUCCUCUGCUUCUGUUCUGUUUAAAAGAGUUUUGUUGUUAUUCUAAAAUCAGUGUGAUCGAUUGCGAGAGCCUAAAUCUCCGGUUUAGGUCGAGUUCUAUAGAUUAUUAUCUGAACCUGUGGUGGGUGAUGGUGGUAGCCUAGCCUUCAUCAGUAGGUCUUCUUGUCGCUGGUAGUGAGUGACUACACCUCCUGGAACCAUAGUGUAGAUCUCUUUGUUGUUUACAAAGGACAACCACCAAAACCAUUCUCUUUGUACCAUCUUGUCAUGGCAAGUGAAGAAGAUUUGGCUACGGCCAUCCUCCGACGCAAGGAGCGCCCCAACAGACUCCUUGUGGAAGAGGCUGUCAAUGAAGACAACUCUGUUGUCUCCCUCUCCCAGAAAAAGAUGGAUGAGCUCCAGCUGUUUCGAGGCGACACAGUGCUGCUGAAAGGCAAGCGAAGGAAAGAGACAGUGUGCAUUGUGCUGUCGGAUGAUUCCGUCGGCGACGACAAAAUCAGAAUCAACAGAUGUGUUCGCAACAACUUGCGUGUUCGUCUCGGAGACAUUGUCAGUAUUCAGCCAUGUCCUGAUGUGAAAUAUGGAAAGAGGAUCCAUGUUCUGCCAAUUGAUGACACAGUGGAAGGACUUGCAGGAAACCUGUUUGAAGUUUUCCUGAAGCCCUACUUCCUGGAAGCUUACAGACCCAUCAAGAAAGGAGACAUUUUCCUGGUCAGAGGCGGCAUGCGUGCCGUCGAGUUCAAAGUCAUAGAAACAGACCCACAGCCAUAUUGUAUUGUUGCCCCUGACACUGUCAUUCAUUGCGAGGGAGAGCCUGUGAAGAGAGAGGAGGAGGAGGAGCAGCUGAACGAGGUUGGCUACGAUGAUAUUGGUGGAUGCCGCAAACAACUGGCACAAAUCAAAGAGAUGGUGGAGCUGCCCCUGAGGCAUCCUCAGCUCUUCAAAGCCAUCGGCGUCAAGCCGCCCAGAGGCAUUCUGCUGUACGGUCCCCCUGGUACUGGCAAGACCUUGAUUGCUCGAGCUGUAGCCAAUGAGACAGGAGCUUUCUUUUUCCUCAUCAAUGGUCCUGAGAUCAUGAGCAAACUGGCAGGCGAGUCUGAGAGCAAUCUGCGCAAAGCUUUUGAGGAAGCCGAGAAAAACUCCCCGGCUAUCAUUUUCAUUGAUGAACUGGAUGCUAUUGCUCCCAAGCGUGAGAAGACACAUGGAGAAGUGGAGAGACGUAUCGUGUCCCAGCUGCUGACGUUGAUGGACGGCUUGAAGCAGAGGUCUCACGUCAUCGUCAUGGCCGCCACCAACCGCCCAAACAGUAUCGACGCUGCCCUCAGACGAUUCGGUCGCUUUGACAGGGAGGUGGACAUUGGCAUCCCUGAUGCAACUGGCCGUCUUGAGAUCUUGAGGAUCCACACAAAGAACAUGAAGCUUGGUGAUGAUGUGGACCUGGAACAGGUUGCGUCUGAGACUCAUGGCCACGUUGGUGCUGAUUUGGCUGCGCUGUGCUCGGAGGCUGCCCUUCAGCAGAUCCGCGAGAAGAUGGACCUGAUUGACCUGGAGGACGAGCAAAUCGAUGCAGAAGUCCUCGACUCCUUGGCUGUGUCCAUGGAGAACUUCAGAUGGGCUCUCGGCAAAAGCAACCCGAGUGCUCUACGUGAGACGUCUGUUGAGGUGCCCAAUGUGACCUGGGAAGACGUGGGCGGUCUGGAGAACGUGAAGAGAGAGCUGCAAGAGCUGGUGCAGUACCCUGUUGAGCACCCAGAGAAGUUCCUCAAGUUCGGCAUGACCCCGUCAAAGGGCGUCCUCUUCUACGGCCCCCCUGGCUGUGGUAAAACUCUGCUGGCCAAAGCCAUUGCCAACGAGUGCCAAGCCAACUUCAUCUCCAUCAAGGGACCUGAGCUCCUCACCAUGUGGUUUGGAGAGUCCGAGGCCAAUGUCAGGGACAUUUUCGACAAGGCUAGGUCAGCCGCACCAUGUGUGCUCUUCUUUGAUGAACUGGACUCCAUAGCCAAAUCCAGAGGUGGAAAUGUUGGUGAUGGUGGUGGUGCUGCUGACAGAGUGAUCAACCAGCUGUUGACAGAGAUGGACGGAAUGUCAGCCAAGAAAAACGUCUUCAUCAUCGGUGCCACGAACCGGCCCGACAUCAUCGACUCUGCCAUCAUGCGUCCGGGCCGUCUGGAUCAGCUGAUUUACAUUCCUCUGCCCGAUGACAAGUCCCGCAUCCAGAUCUUCAAGGCAAAUCUGCGCAAGUCACCAUUGGCCAAGGAUAUUGAUCUAGACUACCUGGCAAAGGUGACCAAAGGCUUCAGUGGUGCCGAUCUUACAGAAAUCUGCCAGCGUGCUUGUAAGCUGGCCAUUAGGCAGUCGAUCGAGGCGGAAAUCCGCAACGAGCGUGAACGUGCAAAGAACCCAGAUGCUGAUAUGGAAAUUGAAGAGUACGACCCAGUGCCAGAGUUGACAAGGGCCCACUUCGAGGAGGCCAUGAAGUUUGCGCGCAGAUCCGUCACAGAGAACGACAUUCGCAAAUACGAGAUGUUUGCUCACUCCUUGCAACAGAGCAGAGGGUUCGGAGGUUUCAGGUUCCCGGGAGCGGCCGGACAGCAAGGUCAAAGUGGUUCUGGUAGCGGCAGUCAGGGAGGAAACUUUGCCCAGGACGACGGAGAUGAGGAUCUGUACAGUUAAACUGUCCACACUGGGCUCUCAGCAAGAUUUACGGUCAUUUACUCUAUGACUCACAAUGUGCUUUUUUUUUUUUUUUACUGACAUUUUGAUGUUGUUUUUUUCCUCCGGCCAUCAAGGCUUCUUCACAUGGAAGAGCAGUUCUUAUUUCAAGAUAUUCUCCCCUGUUUUUGUUUUUUUUAAACUAUAGGAUGAGAACAUUAUUUCGUUGUCUUUGCCUCUUGUAUCUAUUGUCUCUCACGAGUUUCCGUUCAUCUUACGAUUGAUUUUGUAUGACAUAACAUGGCGAACACUACACAUGAGUAGAAUGUAUGUAUACAUAAGUUGACUAUUAUUACGUGUGGGACAUGGUGUGGCUGUCAGGUGUUUCCCUUAGAACGUAGUAGAACGUACACCGUACAAGUUUCUAUCACAUCUUCCUCCAGUUUCACGGAAAAAAUCUUUGGUUGUGACAGAUUUUGAGCUCAGUCUCUGAGACCAAAGUUACUGUCAAGGAUUCCCAGUUGGUUGGGUUUUUUUUCGGGAGGUGGGGGAUGGUUUGCCUCAAGUCAACGUAGGCCUGUAAUGCAGACCCCGUUUUACAGAUUUAUUUGGGGAAAAGGCGAGUUAGUUUCCCCCAAGUUAGAUCUGAAUGAAUGUCUGCAGUCAGUUUCGGUCCCUUUCUUAUCUUUUUAUGUGACUAGAUAUAAUAUUUGUAUUGUGUUUUAGUUGCAAUAUGCGGAUAUUUGAGAUAUUAGUUAAGACCAGCACGGGUGACAACAGGGCAUUUGGUGUACCUCUGGAGACUGCAUUUUGUUGUUGGUUUGGCUGAUAUUGUCAUACGUUUGGACUCCAUGGUAUGUGGUAUUUUUUGGUUCAGUUUUUGUUGGGUUUUUUUGCGGGGUGGGUUCCGCAAGUCUUUGGCAUGAAUUGGAAUGAUUGCGCGAGAGGGUGACUGGUUUUCAUGGGUUUUUUUUAUGAUUAAAUGGAGAGUAAUGUACCGCUGGUAGAGUAGUACAAUGGUUUGUCAUUUGCGUCCUUGCUCCUCUGAUAUUUUCUGGGAAUCUUAUCAGUUAGAUUCAUGUUGGGCUGGAGAAUUAGGAGCGAAGCAAGCGUGCUGUUUUCAUCGUCCAUGUUUCCUCACCUUUGACUGAGAACAGAUUCGACAGAAAUUGCCAAGGUUCAUGGCAUACACUUUAAAGGAGUUUUUGUUUGUUUGUUUUGGGAGGGUCAUGUGUGAAAUUCAAAAUUUUCUUGCUUGUGCUGUUUCAAGUAUGUGAUUUAAAUAUUUUAAGCCAUGGAAAUAAAUUAUGACAAAAAAAACC